UAAUUGCAUUAUUCAAAGGUAAAAGUAAAACAUAUAAUAAAAUUUGAAAGUCACAUUGAUCCAUGCAUAUUAAUGGAGGAUAUUAAAAGAAGGAAAGGGAAGAGAAAAUUAAGGAGAAUUUCUUAAAGACCUCAAUGUGCGUGGCUACGUUCCAACUUUAUAUUAUAUUAUAUCACAAUUAUCACUAUAAUAUCAUAUUAUGAAAUUUCUCCGCAUUUAAUUAGAUUCAAUUCAUAUACAUAUAUACAUACAUCGCGUUUAAAAGAUGAGUAACGAAAGAUCUGCCCCUAGUUUGAAUGAGAGGAUCCUUUCAUCUUUGUCCAGACGAUCUGUUGCUGCCCAUCCUUGGCAUGAUCUCGAGAUAGGACCUGAAGCUCCCAAUGUUUUCAAUGUGAUUGAGAUAACAAAAGGAAGCAAAGUUAAGUACGAGCUUGACAAGAAAACUGGUCUCAUUAAGGUUGAUCGAGUGCUGUAUUCAUCGGUGGUUUACCCUCAGAACUAUGGAUUCAUUCCUCGAACGCUAUGUGAAGAUAAUGACCCCAUGGAUGUAUUAGUCCUCAUGCAGGAACCUGUCCUCCCAGGCUGUUUCCUUCGAGCUAGAGCCAUCGGACUAAUGCCUAUGAUCGAUCAGGGAGAGAAGGAUGAUAAAAUCAUAGCAGUGUGUGCUGAUGAUCCAGAAUAUCGACAUUAUACUAACAUCGACCAACUUCCUCCUCAUCGUUUAGCUGAAAUUCGCCGCUUCUUUGAAGAAUACAAGAAGAAUGAGAACAAAGAGGUUGCAGUUGAUGAGUUUCUGCCCCCAAAUACUGCUGCUGAGGCCAUCCAGUACUCUAUGGACCUUUAUGCUGAAUACAUAUUGCAGACGUUGAGGAAGUAAAUUGAUGUUUUUACAGAAGAAUAUAUCGGAAGUGAAUAAUAUUGUCACAAAUCAUUUUAAUAAUUUUGUUUUUUCUACUUUUUUUUUUCCUAAAUCAAUGCAUGUAUUUCUUAUUGAUGUAUUAAUUCCAAAUUUCACUAUAUAUUGCAGUUGUUUUGAGUUAAAAAUCUCUUGACUUAAU